UCAACUACAUCACUGGACCAUCGUGACGAUUUACCUCCAGUCUUCGUGAACGCGUCGCUCAGAACAGCGUCGAUCACCCCGGGAGAACGUGCUUAGAAAUCGGUUCGCGACACGACUAAGAGGUCGAGCCUCCACCUCCGUACGCGCAGAGACUCGACGCCCGUAAGUUGGUGUCCGUAGAGUGGGAAAAUAGUGCUUCCAGAGGAAGAAAAAGAGAAAGAAGCAGAAGAAGAGCCACGGAGCCGUGGCCAACCGACGCAAACCGGUUCCAUCAAUCGAAUCUCGCGAGAUACCGACUCGAUGAUUUAAGCGACCUGAUCGACCUUUCGCAACAUUGUCAACAAGCAAGAAAAUCAAUGUUUAUCAACAAGACUGUAGCUGAUAUUGUCACAUUCAACUUCAUAAAAAGGAAGAUUGCAAAAGCCCCCAGCUCGAUAUAAUCGACUUGAUAAAUAUUGGUAAUAAAUACUACACACGGAAUCCAUGCGUCAAGUUAACCCGGGUGUAGUUGGGACGUCCGUCCUAUGGAACUUCAGUAACCAUCAGUACUUGAGGAGUUCGAGUGAAUUGUCGGUUGAUUAACCAAAGUGGCUCCAGCCGUCCAAUCGAGAAAUCGAGUUCGACUGUUAUCUGCAGUCUACAGCAGUUAGAAAAUGCGUCUGUUCAUUGUGUUAGUCAUAAUUUUCAGCGCGAACAACGCUUCCGUUUUGAGCGCUUGGCCGAAAAUGCAAAACUUCAUCAAGUUCUCGUCGAGGCAGAAUAAAAUCGAUAAGGACCCGUUGACCGAGCUGAGGGUGGAGUAUGUGAAGGAGCAGAUACUGAAGAAGCUAAGGCUGUCGAAGCCGCCCGCGGUCUCGAUGCCGCUGUCGACCUUGCCGAAGCCUCUGAUAAACGGCAAUGUGCUCGAACUUCGACCUGGAGCACCGCUCGUGCCGGAUAAACCGGCGGAGAGCUUCUACGGAAAAACUGACCAGAUCGUCGUGUUCCCGCAUGAAGGUAUAGCUGAUGCUAUGAAAGGCUGUCAAAGCUCGAAUCAUCUGGGAGAGUUCAAUGCGGCCUGUUUCACGUUUUACCUGCCGAACGAGAUGCAUUUCGUCGACGUGACCUCGGCGCAGCUCUGGUUCUACAAGGAGUACGAUGAAAACGACUAUCUCAACCAGACCUUCGUGCUAUCCGAGCUCGAUCACUGGGACCAGGGUGGCAGCUUCGAAAAGAACACCGUCAUGGCAAUCUUCGAGACCGAUAUUGAAGAGGGCUGGGUGGAAACGAGUGUAGAUUUCAUGGUGAAGAAAUGGGUAAAUCGGCAUCGAUUGAACCACACAAUUCAAAUAACCUGCAACACUUGCUCGGAUAAUCGCAACACUGCUCCGGUAUCCGUCAAGAUGACUCUAAAGCCCUUCCUCGUGAUCCACACGGCGCCAUUGCCGCAGCGGAACAGGCCUAAGAGGAACUCGAACUGUCAGCCCGAAAUGAAGGAGUGCUGCAGAGACGAGCUUUACAUUAAUUUCGUGGAUAUCGGCUGGAGCGAUUGGAUACUACACCCGAGCGGAUAUCACGCGUACUUCUGCCGGGGAUCCUGCUCCACGGCAGCAUCCUUGACCGUAAGCGCCUCGAGUCACAGCAACGUUAUUAUGCAGUGGUUGAACAAGAAGGGCAACGAGGUGCAGCAUCAGAAGAGCGAGAUAAUACCGUGUUGCUCGCCGACGCAGCUAUCCACGAUCCAGCUACUCUACAUCGACACGAACAACACGAUCACGCAGAAAACAUUGCCGAACAUGGUGGUGGAGGCGUGCGGUUGCAUGUGAUGCUAUCACGAGGACAAAGAGGAUGGACCACUGAGCCUCGAUGCGAGUAUACAAAACUCUACCGAGCCAACACCCCUUUAUCCCGUCCCGACUUUUGCCCCCUUCCCCCUCCACUAGCUUAAUCACCGUGAGUUUAAACUUGCCGAGACCAUCCGUCCGUCUCGCGCGAGCACGAAAAAAUCGGUUGUGUGGAUGAACUGGUGUGAUGAGUCGCGUCAAGAUCGCACAGCAGCGAUCAGAGAUAGGAACGCUUGUGACUGACCACUGUCGCAUUACGCAAGCACAUGCACUCUAUGGAAAAUUAAGGCGUAAAUUAAGGCGAGCCGUGCUCGUUACGUCCGCCCCCGGGCUGAACGUAAGAAAUUUUAGCGUAGCACCGACACCCCCGCGUGCCUUCCCCGCAUGUUCACCGAGCCGACAGCGAGAGAUCUUUCGGGCAAUUUCGACAAUGAACAACGGCAAUGAACUUUACCACGUGCGCACAUUUCUUCACGUCUAUAUACCGCUACAAACGUACACACACAUUAUCUAUCCGUCCCUCUAUUUCUAAUCCAAAAUCACCGCAUUUCUAAUUCCCGUUUAACAAAUCGGACGACCAUUCAAUCUUAUUACUACUCGAGUGGGUCGAUUGUAAUAACAAGUGUUAAGCUAGAAAUACAUGAUGCGCGAUUUCGUGCCUUCCGACAUGCAUACUGACCGGCGGUUCAAUGCAACGCACAAGUCUUCCAAUCCACAAUAGGUGCGCUCGAGGAGCUCGCUAUUAGCGCUAUUCAGCGCUACCGUAUCAUUCUAUCCUUGUUGUUUAUCUAAGGAGCGAUAAAGAUAGAAGAACGCGGUAGCGUUGGUAGCGUGCUCCCCGAACGCGCCCAAUAGCGAUUCCUGCAGUGAACUGAAUUGCUGUGCACGUAAAGGCCAAAUCACACUAACGAUUGGCGAUAGAUGAUUGACGAUUGAAGACUGGAACUUGACCAAUUGGAACAAAGCAAGCCAAAGCUGAAGCUUGUUGUUAGUUCUCGAACGCAUGGACUGCACUACCUCGGA